AAAAUGGGGUGUGGAGGGCGCCUCAGCAGCUGCCCCACCAUGACCUCCCGGGCCCUCUUGCUCCUUGCCUCGGCGCUCCUGGGCACCCCAGGUCUGACCUUUUCUGGUUUGAACCCUGAGAGCUACGACCUGGCGACAGCCCACCUGUCUGAUGGAGAGCAGUUCUGCCAGGGCCUGACUCAGGAGGACCUCCAGGGUGACCUGCUGACGGAAAGAGAGCGGCAGGGCAUCGCCUGUUGGUCUUGUCGGAAGAUACUCCAGAAGCUGGAGGAUUUGGUGGGAGAGCAGCCCAAUGAGGCCACCAUCAACGAGGCUGCAUCCCGGGUGUGCAGGAAUUUGGGGCUCCUGAGAGGCGCCUGCAAGAAGAUCAUGAGGACGUGUCUUCGUCUCAUCUCCAGGGACAUCCUGGCUGGCAAAAAGCCCCAGGAAGUCUGCGUGGACAUCAAGCUAUGCAAACAUAAAGCAGGUCUCAUCUGAGCCUCUGGGAACUCUGGUCCCGCCUUGGGGAAGAUGCAUGGAAACUCCAGCAACCUCCCCAGCUCCUCCCUCCCUGAGUCCGGAGUCUACCCUCCCGUCCCUCUCAUCUAACCCCUUCCAGUGCCUUCCCGUCUCAGGAGAAUAAAUUGUCAUGCAAGGU